AUGAUCGCAUUCAUCCUCGGGUGGCUCUCUUUAUUCGUCUUCCUCGGCGCCGGGUUAGGGAUGAACAUGUACAUCUUAGUCUGCUUGACUGAUUUACAAAACGACUUCAUGAACCCUCACGAUACGGCGAAUCGAAUUAACAAAUUGGUGAAACCGGAAGUUUUGUUCCACUUAGUGGUGGUUAUUAUCACGUCUGCGAUGAGACGAUUUGGAUUGUGCGCGAUGCACUUACCCGUUCUGUUGUAUUCUUUGAAGUUAUAUAGCAAGAAGGAGAUUUACGUGGACGUGACGGAGAUAUUCAACGUGUUAGAUCGAGAGAAGAAAAUUCGAGGGUGGAAAGUUGUUUUCUUUUCCGUCGUUUUUAUAAUAACGACGUAUCGAUUAGUGGAAGAGGUAGUGCACACGAUGAUGACGGAUUCGGGGAGGAAGAUUGCGGCGCAAGUUUUGCGAGACGCCGCGAGUUCGAAUUUAUAUCACCUUUAG